GCAGACAUUAAUUGGUGGGUGGUGAAGAGGAGGUGUUUGAAGCAGGUGAGUGUGAUGAGUGUUGGGACUUGAGCCUGCGUGCAGCACCUGCUUGGAGAGCAGGGUUGUUCCUGCGCUGUGCAAGAGCUCCAUCCAGGUCCGGUCCCCUGCUGUGGGGGGCAGUUCCUGUGGCAGGAGUUGCCCUGUGGCGAGUGAGGGCCUGCAAGCAGGACACCUGUGCAGGAGCACUUGUGCCUGGAGCUGCCUGGCAUUCCAUAGCUGGAUGCUCCUGGAACACCCCCAGUGUGUGCAGGCCUGUGAGCUGAGGGGGCUGGGAGGGCUUUAGGUGGCGCUGGCCCCACUUUGAACCACCCCCUGCGCUGCCCAGGCUUCCCAGGCAGGAGCCCUUGCUGGUGGGUUUCUGCUACCAUUUUGUGCAAGGGAGCUGCCAUUUUGUCAGUGUUGCAACUCCUGCUUCCUUGUUCCAGGAAGUAUUCAGAUAUCAAAAUAUUUUUAUACAACGCAUACAGUAUGUAGAGAGUUAGAAAUCUGUAUAUGAAGGAGUGUAUCAGUAUAUAUGUGUACACAGAUAUGUUGAUGAUGUGUGUUUCUAGAGGUAUAUAAAUUAAAUAGGCUGGUAAAAUUAUAGGCAUAAGGUGGAUAAAGCAGUCUUUCUAAAGAGCUAAUGGAAUGAAUCCUUAGAUGUGAAUGAAAUGUAAUGACACAAAAGUAAAAGGCAGGUUCAUGCCUCCCACUUUGCAUGGCUGCAGAGAAAGCAUUGACGUGUUGUGGGAGCACCUAAGAAGUGUCACAGAGAACUGGGACGUGUCCGAGGGCUAUGGACCACUGUGAGGUGGCCACCAGGCAGGCCUGGGCAAAUGCCCUGUCCUGUGUCCAGAAGAGAUCUGUCCCAUGAGCCAGGCUGAGAAGGCUCCAUGGCAGGGCAGAGCCCAAUGGGAUGGUCAUGCAGAGCAUAUCACUGGGGCUGGCUGUGGGCAUCCCACGGCCCUACCAGAAGUGGGCAACACAGGCUGCAAAAACAGAAGGCCAGAACCAAAUCCCAGUGUCAGAGGAACAUGUGCCUGGGGACCUCUGUUGGGUUUUCUCUCUGAAGAGCAUCAGUGGAUUCAAGGCAUUGUGCGCCUGUGGGUAAGAAAUUGCAUGGCCCGGGUGCAUGUGUUUUCCGUGGUGGAGUUGACAUGUGGGCAUUGGUGUGGGGUUGCAGGCUCAGGUGAGGGACGAGCAGCCAUAGCGUCACCAUGGGGUAGGAGUGCAGGGAGUGCUGGGCGCCAAGGUGGGGGGUGGUGGGCCCUUCUCCCACUUUCAGUGGAAGUUCUGGCCAUGCAGGUAGUAAGGUGUCAUCAAAUCACAGUAUAUUCUGAAUUGGAAGGGACCCACAUGAAGUCCCAGCUCCUGGCCCUGCACAUUGUCCAAACAAUUCUUGAACUCCAGCAGGUUUGGUGCUGUGACCACUUCCCUGGGGAGCUUGUUCCAGUGCCCAACCAGCUGCUGGAUGAAAAACCUUAUCUUGAUAGCCAAUCUAAACCUCCUCUGACACAGCUUCAGACCCUUGGGUCCUGCCACUUGGGUCCUGUCACCAGAGAGAAGAGAAGCCUGCCCCUCUGCUUCUCCUUGUGAGGAAGUUGUAGACUGUGGUGUCUCCCCUCAGUCUCCUCCAGGCUGAACAGACCAAGUGACCUCAGCUGCUCUUUGUGUACCUUCCCCCUUCAUGAUCUUCCUGGCCCUCCUAUGGACACUCUCUAAUAACUAAAUAUCUUUCUUACAUUGUGGUGCCCAAACUGCACACAAUAUUCAAGGUGAGGCUGCUCCAGUGCAGAGCAGAGCAGGACAGUCCCCUCCCUCGACCAACUGGCAAUGCUUUGCCUGAUGCCCCCCCCGGACAGGGUUGGCCCUCCUGGCUGCCAGGGCACUGCUGACUCAGAUUCAGCUUGCCAUCGACCAGGAAGCCCAGGGCCCUUUCCACAGCACUACUCUCCAGCAUCUCGUUCCCUAUACACGCAGCCAGGGUUACCUCGUGCAAUAUCCAAGCACUUGUCUUUGGUGGGCCAGUUACUUAGCAGGCCCUGCCCCUCUUCUGGCCAUGUGGUCUGUCGUGGUGGUCUGGCAGAGCCAGCCCGUGCAUGAGGGUUACUGUGCUCCUUCAGUAGUGUUUUUUGACAACGUCAUGUCCCGUGUGUUCUGUACCACAUGAUGCUUGUCUGGCACAACCAGGGCCCUACAAGCCUACCCAGAAGUAUCACAGUCUCCACUGAGCUGCUGAAUCCUUGCUUGUUUAGGGAGGGAGAUUGAAUAGUUAAAGCUGCUAGUUUUAGCCUCUGUAUGUAAAAAUGCUUUUUUCUUUUUUUUCUUUUAGGGGUGGUUAUAGGUGAAGAUGCAGGAGCCAGAACUUGUUGUGAAAGCACUGCGAGCUGUUCUUCAUGCCUUUAAAAAUGGUGUACGUUUGUCAGAGCUUCAGAGUGAAUACAGAUCUCUGACCAAUGAGUUGAUUCCCUUCAGGCACCUAGGAUAUGACACACUGGAAGGCUACUUGGAGAGUAUCCCAGGAGUGGUCAGAAUGGAAGAGAACAAAAUGGGAGAGGUCGUUUGCCAUGCUGUGAGUUGCAGUGAAACUGUGCGAGUUGCUCAACUGGUGGCCCGACAGAGGAGUUCCAAGAAGAAAACGGUCCGGCAGGUGAACUGUCAGAUGAGGCUGAAGAACACAUCUCCAGUCAGUUUAUCAGGAAAGCCCAAAGGAACUUUGCGACAGCCCCGGUCUUUGAGUGUGCCAGAAGAAGGCAGCAGGAAGCCUGUUUCUCGCCUGCCCAGAGGCAGAGAAGUGACGUCUGGAGCUGUGAAACCCGUUGUGGACAGUGCCCGGUCUGCCUUGCCUUCAACUGCUGGGAGUGGAUCACCUAAAGAAAUCCCCAUGCAGAGGCAUGUCACUGUGGUAAACAGGUCUGAGAAGAGACUGACAGUCCCACCACGGUUUCAGAAAGAGUUGCAAGUUCACCUGUCCAGAAGCUCUUCCACAGAAUCAAACGAUAACUUAAAUACAUCCACUGCAGAGACACAUACUGUUUCCUCUGGCUCUUCUGCUGCUGAUGUCAAUGAACUUCAGAGUCGCAUUAAGGAGCUUCUGAGCAAGUACAGCAGUGGUGUGAAGGUGUCAAAGAUGCCACAGAUCUAUCGGGAAAUGUUCUGGGAGGAUCUUAGCACAGAAGUGCUCCAUCAGCUUGAGAACUGGCCUCAUGUGUGCACAGUGGAGAAAAUACACAGGGGUGAUCAGAUGGAUGAACACCUUUAUCCUGCAAAGAAAAUACCACCGGCAGCAAAAAGCGAUACCGAUCAAGAAAAGGCAUCUCAGAAUGUUACGUCUUCAAAAGCAGACCCUUUGUUAAAACCGAAUAUGGAGACCACGUCUGCAUCACUGAGCAGCGACUUAAAGCAGAAAGUUGUUAGCAUCUUGCUGAAAUAUUCCAAUGGUCUUUGGGCUCAUGCACUUCCCAAAGUGUACCAAGACACUUACCAAGCAAAAUUUCCAGAAGACGUUCUCAGUAAUCUAGAGUUGCUCUCAGAUGUGUGUACGGUGGAUUAUGUAUCUGAAGUCCCCAGAAGGGCUAUCCUCUAUGCUAAACCCCAAAGAUGCGUUGAUGAAAACCUGAAUGUCACUGAGAAAGUCCAGAGUCGUGAUGGUGUGAAGGCCACAGCUGAACAGCAGGAUGAAGAAUCCAAGGACCAGUAUCCAGAGAACAUAACUGUUCCUUCUCUAAUCAUUCCGUCGGAAGGAUCUGUGUCCAUCGUGGUGUUAGAACUUAAAAACACUAAUGAGGUCCUGAUUAGGUUUGUGGGCAAAGAUUAUUCUUCUGCCCAGGAACAAAUGGAAGAUGAGAUGAAAGCAUACUAUAGUCAGAAUAGUACAGUGUCAGCAGCUCAGUCUCUGAGUGUUGGGCAACUUGUUGCAGUACAUGCUGGAGAAGACACCUGGGUGCGUGCUCGGAUAAUUUCUCUAGAAGACAACAGAAUAAAGGUACGCUAUGUUGAUCAUGGCUUCACUGAGUUUGUUGAAAGCAACAGUGUGUACAAACUACAGAAACAGUUCAGUUCGCUUCCUUUUCAAGCUGUAAAGUGUAAACUGGCAGGACUGGAAGCCUUUUGUGAUGAUCCUGUCCUAAUAAAGACUGUGGAAUCACAGACAUGCUUCAAGAUAUUUGCUGUGGAAAUAUUGGAAAAAAGUGAUAUUCCUCUUCUUGUUCUCUAUGACACGUCUGGAGAAGAUGAUAUCAACAUCAAUGCUACUUGUCUGAAGGCAUUGUAUGACAAGUCCCUUGAACUGCACCUGCAGGUAGAUGCACUAUAUACAAAUGUCAGAGUAACCAGUGUUUUCUCUGAUGGAACCCUGUAUUGCCAAGUGCCAUCCAAAGGCUUGUCUAGACUCUCUGAAGUAUUGCAGAAACUAGAAGACUACUUUGUUUACAAGACUUCCGAGUCCAAUGUGUUGCUGCCUUUCUGUGGCAAAAUCUGCUUGUUUCCUUCCAAAGGAAAAUGGGCACGUGUAGAGAUAAAAAUUAUUCACACUAGACGGGCACUGGAUGUGCAGUUCAUGGAUACUGGAACUGUUGCAACUGUGAAAGUAUCAGAGCUCAGAGAAAUCCCACCACAAUUCCUGAGAGAAGUAAUUGCAAUACCUCCUCAGGCUUUAAAAUGCUGCCUAGCAGAUCUGCCUCCUAACACUGGCAUGUGGACUCCAGAUGCUGUACUGUGGCUGAGAGACACUGUAAUGAAUUGCCCUGAAUUUAGCAUGAAGGUGAUUAAACAGGAUGGUUCAAAGGGAAUUGCACACGUUUACUUAUUCGCUCCGGAGAAUUUCCCAGACAUGGAUCGAAGCAUCAAUAGACAGAUCAAAAAUGCAGACUUGUGGAAGCAUCAGAAAGAUGUUUUCUUGAGCGUUACACCCAGUGGGACUAGCUCCACAAAAGUUAUAAGUGACGGUGUUUCAGCUCUGCAGUUAACUGGUGGGAAGCUGGAGAAGAGUUUCUCUGAUUCAGCCAAGGAGCCCAGCAGUGCAGUGUCUGCUAUCGAUAUGCCUCCUCCUCUACCCUUGCCAAAGCCUGGCGAGCUCAUGGACAUCUAUGUCUCAGUGGCCUGCCAUCCAGGUCACUUCAUUGUCCAGCCUUGGAAUGAGCUAAACAAUCUGUAUGCCCUAAUGGAAGAAAUGAUCUUGUACUACAGCAGGGCAGAAGAGAAACCUGUGAAUAUUGAAAAAAACAAGCUGUAUGCAGCUAAAAUUGGAGAUGAGUGGUACAGGGUCGCAGUAAAAGGAAUUCUUAGGAACGGUUUUCUGUCAGUGUAUGAGCUGGACUAUGGCAAACAUGAGUUUGUCAGCAUUCGGAAAGUACAGCCACUCACGGAUGCAUUUAGAAGACUGCCCUUCCAAGCUAUAACAGCUCAGCUUGCAGGAGUGAAAAACCAGCAGUGGUCAGAAGAGGCAUCGAUAGUGUUUCGGAAUCUUGUAGAGAAGAAACCCUUUGUGGCACAGAUACAGGCAGUUAAUGAAAGCACUAACUCUUGGGAUCGAAAAAUAGUGACUUUUCUCGUGGACACAUCUCUUCCACAUAUUGAUACAUGGAUUCAUGAUUUUGUGUCACAAAGUCUUGUGGAAUUUUCAAAGAGUGAUUAAUCACCACUUCUGAAACGUAGCAGCUUAGAGAUGAAAUAAGUAACAAGCUUUGAAGAGAAAUAUAACUACUACAUGGCCUUGAAGACAUAAUGGGGAUAAAACUGAAAUAUCUGUGUUUGUUUAACAAGUUUGGUUUCUGUUGACUUCAGUUGAUUUUCUGAAAAUUUUCAUGUUGUUUACCAUUGUAAUGCUAGAAUAUUUAGAUUAAAAUAUUUAAGAAGUUAUUUAUCAAUAAAACAAUGUUGAAUUUU